AUGGCACAGGUCACUUCUGUGCUCAAGAGAUUACACGAUGCCAAUCUCGAGCCGAGCAGGGACAUACUUGCCAUCUAUACGGAUUCCAGCUGCGACUUGCGUGUCUAUGUACACAGCGGCCACCCAGCAUCUGGCUUCAGGACCAAGACACUCAAGAAUGUCUUGAAGUUUCUCCUGAUGUUCGAGGCACAGUUCGACACGAUCAUGCCGGACGUCGAUCGUCUACGAAGGGGAGUCCUUGACGUGCUGAGCAGCGAAAUGGACUUGCACCAAGUCUGGGAUUGCGCGGAUUUACUCGCUGUCUGCUCGACUUGA